UCUGCUCGGCUCCUCGUUAUCUCUCAUCCAGUAUGGCGCGUUUAAUAAGAGGAAUGUACUUUUUUUUUUAGGCGAUAUUCAUCGUCUCAGCUGCUUCUGUUGGUAAACACAAGUGACUCAAAAACAGCUGUUAUCAUCGCUGCAGCCAGCUGAUGAUUGCUGAGCUUUCGUUGCAGACGUCCCCCAAGAAUAAAGCGAGUAACCAUGGCUGAACAAGACAUGUGUCCCCACCUGGACACCAUAGGAGAGGUAACCAAAGAGGACCUCCUACAGAAAUCCAAGGGAACUUGCCAGUCAUGCGGCGCAGGGGGCCCAAACCUGUGGGCCUGUCUGCAGAAUGACUGCCCAUAUGUUGGUUGUGGAGAGUCCUACUCUGAUCACAGCACUCUACACGCACAGGCUAAAAAGCAUAAUCUGACGGUGAACCUGACAACAUUCAGGAUCUGGUGUUAUGUGUGUGAGCGGGAGGUGUUUCUGGAGCAGAGGCCUGCCCUGGUGCCCGUCCCUGCUGCGCCGCACCACUGCAAAGCCACAGAGCAUGAAGCAACGCCUCAGCCAGUAGGUCACCCACUUAAAGCAGUACCAAUUGCUGUGGCAGAAGAGGAAGGUUCAGAGUCAGAGGAAGAUGAACUUAAACCAAGAGGUUUGACAGGAAUGAAAAAUAUUGGAAACUCCUGCUACAUGAACGCAGCUCUUCAAGCUCUGUCUAACUGUCCUCCUCUCACUCAGUUCUUCCUGGACUGCAGUGGAUUGGUUCGCACCGAUAAAAAGCCGGCUCUCUGUAAGAGCUACCAGAAACUCAUCUCAGAACUCUGGCAUAAAAAACGGCCCAGCUAUGUCGUUCCUACCAGUCUGUCACAUGGCAUCAAACUAGUAAACCCCAUGUUUCGUGGUUACGCUCAGCAGGUAGGGGCAAGUACCCAGCAGGACACCCAGGAGUUCCUGCGCUGUCUGAUGGACCAGCUGCACGAGGAGCUCAAGGAGCCUCUGACAGAAUGUAGCAUGAGUGGGGAUGGAAGCGAUGGGGAGGAAAGAGGAGAUGGAGAGCGCUCCCCGUCUGAGGACGAAUUCCUAUCGUGUGACUCUGGCUCCAGCAGUGACCGGGGAGAGAUAGGAGGCUCGGGGGAUGGUGAGCUACUCGUGCAGGAUGAGUGUGAUGGAGUCAGGUCACCGGCGGGGGGAAUCGUGGGUGUCAGUCCGGCUGGGGUGAUUUCGGAGAAGGAGAGGCUGAAGGAGAGACGGGUGUCUGGCUCACCUCUCCGUGGAGGUUCACAAGAGAUGGAUGAGGAUGCAGAUGUGGAUACAGCAGUGGAGGAGGGGGGGGCUCCUGAAAGAGCGGUUGAAGAGGAAUGCACAUCAACCCCAAACACUGAGGUCCAAAGCCAAGAGAACAACCAGUCAUCUAAUACAGAGCAAGUGCAAGGCGAUGGGAGCCACAUCUCAGUGCCAGACAAUGAAGCGUCAAUGACCCAGCCUCAGUCCACUCCCUGCAGUCCUGUGAGAACCCUUCAGGAGCUGCAUCCCAAACUGUCCUCGAGUCCGCCUCGUUCGAGCCCGCUCCGCUCUGCAGGACCCGCAUACUCCUUCAAGAAAGCUCAGCUGCUGCUCACUUCCAGGAAGAAGAAACAGUCUCACUAUCGCAGUGUGAUCUCGGACAUCUUCGACGGCUCCAUUCUCAGUCUGGUCCAGUGUUUAACCUGCGACAGGGUCUCUACUACAGUGGAAACCUUCCAGGACUUGUCCCUCCCUAUUCCUGGUAAAGAGGACUUGGCCAAGCUCCACUCUUCCAUCCAUCAAAACCUGCCAGUCAAGACCGGCGUGUGUCCAGACACUUACGGCUCGCAAGGAUGGAUCACCUACAUCAUGGACUCCAUACGCCGGUUUGUAGUCUCAUGUAUCCCCACUUGGUUUUGGGGGCCCAUGGUAACCCUAGAGGACUGCCUCGCUGCCUUCUUUGCUGCAGAUGAACUUAAAGGAGACAACAUGUACAGCUGUGAGAGAUGUAAAAAGUUGAGAAAUGGUGUCAAAUAUUGCAAAGUGCUUAGACUGCCUGAGAUUUUGUGCAUUCAUCUGAAACGUUUCCGGCACGAAGUUAUGUACUCCUUCAAGAUUAGCAGCCACGUGUCCUUCCCAUUGGAAGGCUUGGACAUGCGACCUUUCCUGGCUAAAGAGAGUCCAUCCCAAGUCACCACUUACGAUCUGCUGUCAGUCAUUUGCCACCAUGGAACGGCAGGAAGUGGACACUACAUAGCUUACUGUCAGAAUGUGAUCAAUGGCCAGUGGUAUGAAUUUGAUGACCAGUAUGUCACAGAGGUCCAUGAGACAGUGGUGCAGAAUGCAGAAGCCUAUGUGUUGUUCUAUAGGAAAAGCAGUGAGGAGUCGGUGAGAGAGAGGCAGAAGGUGGUAGCUCUGGCCAAUAUGAAGGAGCCCAGCCUGCUACAGUUUUACAUUUCCAGAGAGUGGCUCAACAAGUUCAACACAUUUGCUGAACCAGGCCCCAUCAGCAACCAUACAUUUCUUUGUCAGCAUGGAGGGAUCCCUCCUAACAAAUACCACUACAUAGACGACCUGGUUGUGAUAGUUCCCCAGAAUGUUUGGGAGUACCUCUACAACAGUUUUGGGGGCGGCCCUGCAGUCAACCACCUGUAUAUGUGCGCCAUCUGCCAGGUGGAGAUUGAAGCUCUGGCUAAACGCAGGAAAACAGAAAUAGACACUUUCAUCAAGCUGAACAAAGAGUUUCAGGCUGAGGAGGCUCCGACAGUGAUCCUGUGUAUCAGCAUGCAGUGGUUCAGAGAGUGGGAGAGCUUUGUUAAGGGCAAAGACAACGAGCCCCCUGGUCCCAUUGACAACAGCAAAAUCGGUGUUAUGAAAGGAGGGCACAUACAACUCAAGCAAGGUGCAGACUACGGUCAGAUCUCAGAGGAGACAUGGCAGUACUUGUUGGGUAUUUAUAGUGGAGGCCCUGAGAUUGCAGUGAGACAGACGGUGGCCCCGGCUGACCCUGACAGUCUCCAUGGCGAGAGGAAGAUCGAGGCAGAGACCAGAGCGCUUUGAGAUAAAGAGAGGUCUUCUGAUUUCCAACCCCUGCCCUCACAGGAAGCUGAGGAAUUUGCACCGUGGCGACGAAGCCUCAUUGUGAGCACUUUGUAAAUGUAGCAACGCAUUAUACUGAAGCCCCGACGCAAGAGGAUGAAAUGGUACUUAAAUAUCAUGUAGAUAAUUUAUGGGAUAACUCCAAUCCUCUAUGUUAAGGUGUAAAAUAAGAUGUUGUGUCACAUCUCCGGAGCUGCUUUUGGUAGCUAUGGUGUUUCUGUGGCUGCUGUAGUGACUAGGUGUCAUACUGCUAAACUAGCCAUGGCAGGGCAGAUGACUGAUGCUGAGGGAAGCAGUAUGAGGUUUGGUUUGAGGACUGUACUUUUUCUUCUUCAUUGGAAGCAACAACCCAGAGACAUCUAUAAGCUUUCUGUUGUUUGCCUGAUUACUAGCUGCAUAGCAACAAGUUCAGUCAACAAUUGAGAGAUUUUCCAUAUGUCAUACUCUUUCACCUCCAACCUUAAAUACACAGUGUAUCUGAGCCCUCAGGAAUGGAAGUCUUUUGUUGGUUUAAGUCAGUGAAGGUUUAAGUCAGACUAGUGAACCAUAAGAAACCACAAAGCAUGCAUGUGUGACCAUUUCGAGGGUCAUUUGUAUUUGAAAAGCUUCAAAGUGCAUGCUGUUGCAACAUCUUUUUGACCCAGUAGGACCUUUCUCUGACAGGAUGAGGUACCGAGUUUGUCUCUUCAAACAGACAACAACAAAUGAAAGUGCUCAAAAUUAUCGAAAUUAGUAGAGUUAUCCUGAAAACAUACAUAAGUAUGUAGAUAUAUCACUAUAUAUCUAGAUAAAUAGGUAGAAAUAUCAACAGAGUAGAAAAUAUCUGAAAGAAAAUCAAAUUUCAGUCAUGGAGGAAGAGUAACGUACAAAGAUGAUGACGAAAAAGAUGGUGCAAGAACGCGGUAAAUUUACAAGGAAGUGAUGAGAAAAUAAUUUAACUGUCUUUUCUGAUGAGUUUGUAAUUCUUCUGAAACAUGAGUGUACAUGACCUCAGUCACGGUUCAUGGAAGAGAUAAUUCCCUAUUUCACCAAUAAUGCAGUAUUUGUUCAAACCAAGAGAGGGCAGUAUUAAAUGAAAUGGGUUUUUUUCACCAGGUAACAGUUUAGCAGGGGAAAUAUUCUAACAUCCCAAAAAAACAGGCACAAACAGCAUGGUGUGGACAAAAAAACAUUUACAAUAUGAUUGCUAUUUAUUUAAUCGAGUAUAUUUUCUUACUCAAUUUCUUAAUCGUGCAUGUUUGGUCAUCAGUUAUUUGAAAAAUGAAUCUUGUUGUAGAGAUAUUACAUUACGAGGUACUGACUCAAAAAAGCAAUUGUGUGUCUGCAGAUUGCUUUACUGUUGAAACUUCACACAGGAAGUGAUGAAUGGAAACGUCCCAUAACUGCAGCGGUUGUUCUUUCGAGAACUUUGAUUCAGAUCUCACCUCUCCCUCUUUUAUAUCUUUUGAUCGCAGACACAGCAGACUGGUAAACCAGAGUGUGUUGUGCAAGUUUAAACAGCUCCUGACAUCGACAUCUGGCUGCCAUUGAAAUCAGCAAAAAUGCAGAUUUGCUCAGAGCAUUUUUGAGCGACUGCACACUGUGGAAUCGAUCACCUUGCUUAUAAUAACGCCACCUGCUAAAGACUUAGCAAAAGUCGCGUCUGUUUAUAAAUCUUUUUUUACUUUGUGUCUGAUCGCUUGUUUUUUUGUCAGGUGAUUUUCAACAAAAUAAUCCCUGUCAGUUGUUUAGAUUUUAAUAAUUUGAGUGAAUAUUUAAUCCCUUAAAAAGUAGUUUAAUUUUUUGCUGUUUCAAUCUGAAUAUCACUUUACAUUUAAUGUGAUGUAUUUAUGUAGAUCCUUCUCUUAAUCUUAAUCUCAUUUUAGAGUGCAGCAAAUAAAUCAAGAAGUCUCCCAUGUCAUUGUAGAUAAAUCACAUACUUGCCUUUUUUAUUGUACAGAUCUGCAGAGGUUUGCCUCCAUAUUUUUAAGCAGUUGAAACCUAGCAUUGUCACCCCUGGUAAACGCAUGAUACUGAUGAUGCAUCUCUGUCACCCUUUAUAGUCUAAUUUAAUUAUAAUUAAAAAGAAAAAAUACCAAUUUUGAAAACCAAACCCAGGAAAAAUAAAAGAUAUUUAUGAUUUUUCUGUGUUUUUUUCUACUUUUGAAUAGCACAAUUCAUUUUAACCAUUUACCAAACCAAAAAAUAAUAUGACGGUAUUAAAUAAAAAAACAUUUUAUUUUACAAUCCUGUCUUAAAACAACUACUGAAUCAGUCAAUUUAACUUUAUUGUGUGGUAACAGUUGAUACAUUUUUAAAUCUUUAUGUUUAUCAAUAAUAAUCAUUUAAAUAGUUAUUCUAAUUAUUUGAUUGGCACAGACAAACUUCCAGAUGUAGGAGAUUUACUCAGAUAAAUAUUGCUGCUCAGCUAUUACACUAAACCGCAUCAAGACGUGUUAGUAAAUACAAAGGAGUGUCAGAAACAUCUUGAAGCCUAUUUGUGUACAGGAAACUAAAGUUACAAUGCCAAAUGACUGAAAAUAAGAAUGAACACUGUUUUUAUUGUUGUUGUUGUUGUUUGGCUUUUACUUUUUAGGUGCCAUGCAGAAUUCACACAGAAGGACAGUACAUCUUACCUUCUGCUUUGUUUUUUUUACUUAGCGUUUUUUUCACCGCAGAUAGUUUGACUUGUUAUGGCAGGAGAUGAUCCCUCCACUCACUUUAAAUGUCACAGUGCUGUGCGUGAUGUUAGUAAAAAAAACAUGGUUAUUAGUGGAGGAGCACCUAAAGGCAGCCGGGCUGUAAUUUUCCCAGUAUGACCUGUCAAAAUGUCAGCCAUGUCUGUGGAAAUUUUGGACCAUUGCAGUAAUUCAAGUCUCCCUGUUUUGUUAGUUUUCAUGUCCAAAGAGCAAUCAAUCAUUUUUUUAUGAAGAGAGGACUCUGAUUUGUCCAAUUGUCUGUUUUGCUGUGUUUUUUUCCUCUCACACACAUCCAGACUGUGUCUACAAGAGAUCAUAUUAAUACUAUAAGGUUGUUUGUGCUAUGUUUAGAUACUUUUUGGGGGGCGUAAGUGCAAUGAUUUUUGUGCAAUUCAAGCUGUAUCAUCAAAGAAAUACUGGACAGCUAUCGAACACCUACUGGUGAACAGCUGACAGUACAGAAUGGGGCAGUGCAUCAUAUUAUAUUGCUGUGUUAAGAAAUGUCGAAUGGUAAUUACUUAAUUAUCCCCACCUGUGAGUUUAUGUUUGCUUGUGUUACAACGCGUAGCUAUGCGUGAGAGAUUCCCAUUUCAUUUUUCAGUUGAAAAGACGAGCAUUGCUGUGGUUGGACAGAAUCGUCAGUAGUAUCGUGACACGCUGCAGACUGCAGAACAGGAUUUUACUGACUCUUGUUUUUCCAACGUUUUACAGUGUGGCUGUUGUGGUCAUGAUAAUGUUGAUGUUUUGAGAACAUGGGAUUUAAGUGGUUGACCUCAAUUCUGUCUUAAUGUCUGUAUAACUGAUGUAAUUACUCAUGACUGGUUAAA